AUGUCAGAAAUCAUCCUAGAGAGGCUGAGAAAUGAUGAGGAACAACUACAGGAGCUGAUGAGUCUGCAGGAAUUAUUGGAAGAUGAGGAUGAUGAAGAAUUUAACCGAGCCUUACAGGGAUCAGAGUUUGACUCCGCAGAGGAACUGCAGAUAGCAAUCAAUAAACUAACUGGAAAUAUACAAAGGGCAAAGGCCAAGAUUCUGGGGAUUGACCCACCCCCAGAGGAAGAGCAGCAGAGUAAAGUCCCUGUGUAUGAACUCUUGGAAAUCCCUGAUGACCAGUUGACACCUGAUCAGUUGUCCAUCAAGAAACGCCAGAGGAUGCUGAAGAACGCCCGGGAGGGCAGAAUGAAGGCACAGGCUGUUCAAAGAGCCAAACGUCAAAAGGAAAUCGAGGAAGACAAAAAGUUGGAGAUUAAAAGGUUGAUGAAUUUUGAUGGAUGGCUACAGGAAGUGAGAUCAAAGAGACAGAAAUUGCUAGGUGCUCGUACAAAGAGAAAGCAGAGAAAAUCUGACAUGGCUAAACGUCGAACUCUGGCAUCACAACAGAGGAUGAAAAUCAUCACACAGCUUGCUGGAGGUGGGUCUAAGAAGAAGAAGAAGGAAGAUACCUUUGGCCAGAACGAUGCUGACUGGGAGGUUUACAAGGAAAUUCACCCUGAGAAUGCGGACAGUGAUUCCGCGGCUGAGGAGGAAACUCUGGAGGAACUCGAGACACAAUUACGGGAACAUGAUCCAGAGUUUCAAAAGGAGCUUGAUAAGAGCAUGGGGCCCCAAGGAGAGUUUGAUAUCGCUGAGUACUACAGACUUCACCUGGCCAUUGAGAGGAUCAGGGUACCAGAGCUGUUAUUCCAGCCAUCCAUGCUUGGUCUUGAACAAGCUGGUAUUGCAGAAACCAUGAACUAUAUCCUGAAAAAGCAUGAUGCUGACCGACAGAAUUCUCUGGCUCAGAAUGUGUUCCUGACUGGGGGGAAUGCAUUGUUCAGGAACUUCCAACAGAGGCUGCAGUCAGAAUUGUUAGAAAUGAGGCCGUUCCAGUCCCUGUUCAAUGUCUCCUGUGCAGCUAACCCAAUUUUGGAUACUUGGUAUGGAGCCAGGAAAUGGGCCCUAUCCCCACACUUCACUGCCCACUGUAUAUCUCGGCAAGAUUAUGAGGAGAAGGGAGGCGAGUACCUAAAGGAGCAUAGACAUUCCAACCAGUAUUUCCCCACACCCGUAGUGGUGCCAACCUCUUAAUCUAGAAUCUAUCUAGGAUUUCUGUGCACUAACAGUGGUGCCAUUGUCUUUUUUUGUUGGAGUAACCAAUAUUUCCCCACACCCUUAGCGGUGACAACCUCUUAAUCUAGGAUUGACUGAGAUUUCUGUGUACUAGCAGUGGUGUCGGAUAUCUUUUUUGUUGGAGUUACCAAUAUUUCCCCGCACAAACUGGUUAUCCACACCCUAGUGCGAUACAUACAGUAUGACUCUGGAUGGUAGGACAACCAACGGUGCCUGACUUUGUUGGCUAUCGGGGGGAUGUGAUGGGGCUGGGUACUAAUACCUACAGAGCUAGCCCUUCACCAACAUCAAGUAACGUCAUCUUAUAACAUGAACUUGGUACAUUUGCCUUCAAAAUCUUGUUGUCUGUAAUUGAUAACAGUAAAACUUGUUUGGAAUGGUAACUGUUAUGGAUAUAUCUUGUGAUGGUAACUUGAAUCUUAGUUUCACUUUGACAAGGUGAAAAGAUCUAUGAUGGAUCUUGUAUGUGACAUGGUGGGUGUCUGAUAUAUCUGGUAUGUGACAUGGUGUGUGUGUAUGAUAGAUCUGGUAUGUGACAUGGUGUGUGUAUGAUAGAUCUGGUAUGUGACAUGUUGUGUGUAUGAUGUAUUUGGUAUGUGACAUGGUGUGUGU